AUGUUGAGGGCAAUUGCGGAGCAUGCUCUGCCGAAGCUUCCGCACAUGGAGGCGCAGAGCUCGGCCAACUUGGUGCAGGCGCUUUGCACGGUUCACUCCUUUGACGCCAUCCUCUUCAGGACCACCGCCGAAACACCUUCGCCACAGAACUUGGCCAACAGUGGCCGAGCCUUCAGCAACACAGGCUGCGUCGACAUCCCGCCGAUGGACUCGGCAGCCCUUGUGGCGCUGUCCAGGAUCCAGGGCUUCCCCGCGCGCGGCUUGGCAAACCUCUCCUGGGCACUUGCCAGCAGUAUGGCCCUGAGCCUCGCUUUGACGGAGGGUGCAGCGUUCACGUCGGAGUGCAUCGGCGCCGUGCAUUUCCCGAGCUUUCCUCCGCAGAAUUUGGCCAACACCGCUCGGAGCUUCACCAUGCCACUGAUCCCAGGGAUGCGCGCAAUGCAUGCGAUCGCAGCUGCAGCCAUGCCGAAGCUGGCGGAUUUCAACUCGCAGCACCUGGCACACAUGUUCCAGGCAUCUGGCUCUGUGAGUGUCAUCACACGGCUCUUGCUUGAGGCCCCAGCACAGCACACUAUCAGGAGCGUGUCCUGUCCCAACUGCCAAGAGCCAGCAAACACUGCGCGGGGGUGUGCAAAACUCGCCUUCGUGCAUGAGCUGGCAUUACACGCGCUCAGGCAAGCCGGCGGUGCGAAGCUGGCCCAGCCUGUACCACAGGAUUCCGCCAACAUGUCCCGGAACUUGUGCAAGACCAGCCACAUUGAUUUGCCCGCCAUGGGUGGCACCGUGUCUUUGUCACUGCAGCGGAUCCGCGAGCCCAACUCCCAAGAUCUGGCGAAUGCAGCCUGGAGGGUGGCGAAUGUGCAUUUGAGAAGCCUCCCGCUGAUGGACUCCACUGCCGUGCGCGUGGGUGCACAGAUCGGCCAGUUCGAAGGCUCCGACUUUUCAAGCACGGCUUGGUCUUUCUCGACGAUGGAGUUGAUGUGCGAGGCGCUGUUCGAAGCAAUCGCUACAGAGGUGGCAGAGAAGCUGGACUCACUAGGGCCGCAGCAGUUGGGCACGCUCGCGGACUUGAACCUGCCCUGCAGAGAGCGUUUCACCAGCCCUCAGUGUGAGUGCACAUCACCCAUGCCACAGGCCAUCAUCCAGCAGUUUGCCCAUGGCAUCCCCAACUCAAUCGACGGCUUCCGCGCUGGUUUGUACCAGGAGAUGGUGGAGGACUGGGCGGUGGACAACUUUGGCAGUUGGGGCGAUCGGCUGCUCCUGGAUUUCUUAGGAAUCCAAGAGUGCACGCAGGAGGCUUAUGACAUAAUGAGUUCUUUAGCCAAGUGCCUCACGUUGACGCUGGGCCGCCCCGCUGUUGAGGCCAGACUUCCGGGACAAGGCGGCAAGAUCAUGUGCGGAUGCAUUCUCAUGACGCAUGGUCCAAAGCUCAAAGGGUCAGAGCAGCGGCAGCCCGUGCACGCAGUUGCCGGAGCCAUGUUAGCAGUGCGCUCACAUGCAUGCGACCAAAUCAAGAUCCUCGAUGGCUGUGCAUCGGCUCCCCUCGUGCACAAAGACAACGUAGACGUCGAAGUGCUGAAGCUAAUCCAGGAGGAGCUAGCACAAAUGCAUCGGCGUGAUGAAGAUGCGGAGCGACUUUCCAUGGGACCAGCCAUGGAAGCCAUCCGCACGUGCUACAUGGAGGACACUACCCCGUCGGUGCCUUUCGUGGCUGGGCAUGUGGUGGAAGCUUCGCAGGCGAUGCAAGAGGCGCUUUCACGUGCAGCCAAGCAUCGACGUGUCGACAUCACUGACCUCAAGGUACAGGAGAUGCAGGAUUGUGAGGACACGCCCUACAGGCACUGCUCCAGGGGUGAGCGAAAGCGCAGCAUGGAGCAGCAGGCUUUCUCCUGCCAAGCUCCACAUGUCGAAAGCUAUGGGCUUCUUGCUGCAUCCCCCGACCAUGCCAUGGACAGCGACCGGAAGAGGUUUGAGAAUGGCUUGCUGCUACCGAGCUCGGGAAGGUGA